AUGGAAUACCAGAAUGGGCCCAGCAUUAUUCAAGUGAUAAAGCAGAACAUUGCAGAGAAGCAAGCAGGGAAAUCAGAAAUGUAUAUUUUUUGGACCCUUUCAACUUUGAGGUCUUUACCAUGGGGUAGAAAACUGAGAAGUUAUAAUGAUAUAUUGCAGAGGAUACACAAUAUUACACACCUAGUGAAGCUAGGAAAAGGACAUGGUAUGCAUGACAUUGAAACUCUGCCUGAUUUGGAAACUGAGCUUCUAGGACAAAGGAAUGCACAAUCUUGUAUGCAAAACAGUGCUCUCAGUCCCAGGGCCAUCCAUGAUGUUGCUAGCUCCAAGGCCCAAGCAUAUUCCAAGUUGCAUCAACCAAUGUCUCAUAAUGGAAAUCUUCAUCAAUUAGCCAAAUCAUGUUCAUGGUCCUACCUUAGCCCAGAGUAG